AUGGAAUUACUAUUUGAAGCACUUGAUGCGGGAAAACGAGUCGACGUAAUAUAUACCGAUGUUAGCAAAGCAUUAGAUCAGAUCCCACAUGACAACAUAUUGGUUCGCGGCCGCGGAAAGAUGGUACCACUGUUCUCUCCAAAACCAUACUACGGCUCACCGCCUCAACGUCGCUACGAUAAUGGUUUUGCCGAAGGCGUCUCUUCACGCCAACGCUUUGCAAAUGCGUCCCGACAGUUUCAAAGCGAAUACGACUUUGGGAAACAACCGGGCAGUAUUGAACAAGAAACUGGGACAGAACUUCAAGAUAAAAACCAGGGUAGCAAAAUUCCCCUCAAGUCAAUUGUGAAUUCUUCAAAUACAAACUUCACUACUACCAUUGAAACAACAACAACUACUACUACUAAACCAACAACAACAGCAACUACUACUACUGAAACAACAACAACAACUACUACUACUAAACCAACAACAACAACUACUACUACUAAAACAACUAGUACUAAUCCUACUGAAACAACUACAACAACCAAUCCGAACUCACCGGCAACUGCUGAUAGUACUUUAAAUUACCAAACCAACGAAAACGUAACAAAAAACAACGGAAAUGAAUUAGAAGUAGCACAGGCUGCAGAAGAGCUAGAGCGUGAGCGAUCAUUCUUGAGAGGGACAUCCAAGCGUCCUAAGUACCUUUGUCGCACCACUAAAUCAGACCACAGCGGAGCUACUUUAUGUUUGGGACGGGGUAGGGUGUGUAAACAAGAAAAGCCACAGCUUUCUGGUACGGUGCGCUUCCGUGGCACUACACGUAUGUAUCUGUCGCGAAGCUCUCGUCCCAUGAUACCUCUUCCAGAGAACAACGCUUAUUGCUUCACCAAUCCAGAGAGCGCUCUCUGCCGCACAUUUAUUUAA